GAGCCGGAGAUCCUGCUGCAGAAUCCUCAGCUGGCACCAGUCAGAACCUUCAGAACCUUCAGACCGUCUUUAAAUUCUACAGAAUUCUACAGCGAGUCCUUAUUGGACCAAAUCCGAACAUUUUUAAAGAUGUCACUUUGGUACCAGCUACAACAGCUGGACUCAAGAUACCUGGAGCAAAUUGACCAGCUGUACGAUGACACGUUCCCCAUGGAGAUCCGUCAGUACCUCAGCCAGUGGAUUGAAAGCAUUGACUGGGACACUGUGGCCCUUGAUGAGUCCCUAGCAAGGGUGCGCUUUCACGACCUUCUGAAUAAGCUGGAUGAGCUCUACGGUCGGCUGAAUCCAAGCAACAACUUCCUCCUUCAGCACAACAUCCGCAAAAUACAACGCAACCUACAGGAACACUUUCAGGAAAAUACAAUGUACAUGGCAAUGAUUAUAUCCAACUCACUGAAGAAGGAAAGGAAAAUCUUGGAGUCAGCCAUGAAAACACAGGACAAUAUGGGCUCACCCCAGGGCAAUGUUGUAAUGGAGAAGCAGAAGCAGCUGGAGAGCCAGGUGAACGAGCUGAAGAAAAAAGUGCAGGAAGCAGAGCAGGACAUCCAGGCUCUGGAGGAUCUACAAGACGAGCACGACUUCAAGCGGAAAACUUUACAGAGUCGAAUGGAGGUUGAACCAAAUACACGAGUAUCCAAAGAGAUUCAGCUGGAGGAGUUGAAGAUCAGAGAAAUGUUCCUGAAGCUGAACAAAAUGAGAGAGGCAAUCGUAAUGGAAUUAUUAAAUGCAUUAAAAUUAGCGGAACUGACCCAGAGCACACUCAUAUCAGAGAAGGUUCCAGAGUGGAAGCAGAGGCAGCAGAUGGCUUGCAUUGGUGGUCCUCCAAAUGCCUGCCUGGAUCAGUUACAGAACUGGUUCACCAUAGUGGCUGAGUGUUUGCAGCAAAUACGUCAUCAGCUGAACACGCUGAAGGAGCUGGUGUUGAACUUCACUUAUGAAAACGACCCCAUCACUUUGAACAUGAGCUCACUGCAGGAGCAAGUGAUGUCGCUCUUCAAAAGCCUCCUCAUCAAUUCACUUGUGGUGGAAAGACAGCCGUGCAUGCCCACGCAUCCGCAGAGACCCCUGGUGCUGAAGACUGGCGUGCAGUUCACAGUUAAACUCAGGAUGCUGGUCAAGUUACCGGAGUUAAACUGCCAGCUAAAAGUCAAAGUCUCUUUCGAUAAGGAUUUAACAGAAAAGAAUACAGUCAAGGGAUUUCGUAGGUUCAAUAUUUUAGGAACCAACAGUAAGGUCAUGAAUAUGGAGGAAUCAAACGGCUGCCUGUCUGCUGAGUUCCGGCACUUGCAACUGAAGGAACAGAAGCCCAUUGGAAGUCGAGCAAAUGAGUCUUCUCUUCUCAUCAUGGAGGAACUUCAUUCCAUCAGCUUUGACACUCAACUGAGCCAAGCGGAUAUGUCCAUCAAUAUAACGACCACUUCACUUCCUGUAGUGGUCAUAUCUCAUAUCAACCAGCUGCCGAGCGCCUGGGCCUCCAUCCUCUGGUUUAACACACUCUGUACUGACUACCAGAACCUUGUGUUUUUCCUGAACCCUCCUCCGAUGAUGUGGGGAGACCUGGCAAAGAUUCUGAGCUGGCAGUUUUCCUCCAUCACUAAAAGAGGCCUGAACGCAGAGCAGCUGAGCAUGCUCGCGGAUAAACUCCUCGGUCCUGAGGUUCAGGGAGACCCGAACACUGCCGUCUACUGGAGUAAGUUCAGUAAGACGGCAUCAAACGAGAGAGGAGUUGCUUUCUGGCUGUGGAUUGAUGGGAUACUGGACCUCAUCAAACGCUGCCUCCUCAAUAUCUGGAAUGAUGGGUAUAUAGUGGGCUUUAUUAAUAAAGACAAGGAGAAAACUCUGCUCCAAGAUAAAAGUCCAGGCACGUUCCUCCUGCGCUUCAGUGAGACGUGUAAAGACGGAGGAAUCACCAUCACGUGGGUGGAGCAGUCUCAGAACGGUGAACCCCAAACACACUCGGUGAAGCCCUACAGGAAGUCCGAUUUAGUCAACCUCUCUUUCCCUGACGUCAUUCGGAACUACACACUAAUGGAUGCCGAGAAUAUUCCAGAAAACCCUCUGCUCUACCUGUAUCCGGACAUCCCUAAAGACAUCGCAUUCGGACGCUACUACAGCAGCCCCACAGACGAUUCAGAAGACAUGGACGUUGAUAAACCGACGACCCCGAGUCCUUACGUGGACAGACGGAUAAUUCCAGUGUCAGAAGUCCCAGAUGGAAGACUUCAAGACAGAAUACUGCCAUUGAGUCCUGAGGAGUUUGGAGAGCUGCAGCAUAUUAACAGAAACAAUGGAAUGGACAAUUUGUGUGAAACUUUACCACAAUAAAUCCAGAUCAGCAAACACAUCCGUCUUCAUCUUCAGGAGCAGUUUGCAGAUUUAACAGCAGCGUUUUACUGCAUACACACCCAGCUGUGGAAAAGGAUUCAAAUAUAUAUAUUAUAUAUAUAUAUAAAUAUAAAAUGCAUGUGUGUGUUUCACUGUUAUGGUGAGGUUGUGGAAUUGCACAUUUGGGAAGAGUAUUGUGAUGCACCAGUUACAGGGUGAUGAGACAAACAGGCUAACUUUUUCCUCACAUCUUUAUUUAAUAUUGUACAUCUGAAGCAGAUUUACAGAAUCGUUGUGUGAAGCAGGUGAAGAUGUAAACACAACUCCUCCUCUCAACUCUGUGAAGUGUUAUCUGUGAAAUAAACAUUUAAAUUCACCAAA